CGCAAGAGGAAGUAAAUUUGCAAUAAUGGAGGAAACAUAACAUCGCAGUAUUCUUUAUAAAAAAAUCCCAGUUUCUGUGACAUUUUUCUUCUUAUAGUAACUUGAUGAAUCAUUUUCCUUCCAAUGGCUUGUCUACAAGCAUUAAAACAGGAUAUAAAAAUCCUUGAAUCCAUUUUUACCCCUGAAAAUGCAAGGUUUAGAAUUCUGUCUGCUUCAGUUGAUGAAGUGACUUGUGAAUUUGUUGAUGCCAGCAAUGAAACUUUCAAGAUCCACGCCAACAUAACUGAGACAUACCCACAAACAUCCCCCAUAUGGUUCUGUGAUGAUGACAAUGUGAUAGCCACUGCAGCUGUGGAAAAGCUGUCCAACCAAACAGAAAACAAAAACAAUAUCCUGCAGCAGGUGCGAAUGCUGGUCCAGGACCUGUGUGACCUGUCUAACAUCGCCACGCCAGAAGAGCUGCUCCGUCUUGAUGAAAGACUUGAUGAGAGGGGUAUGAUUUCGGUGGAUCAGAGCUCCGAGAGUGAGGAGGAGGAUGAACUUCACUAUGACAUGGAAGAGGACACACCAAAUGAAGGGAAGGCUCGAGAGGAGGUAGAUGGGAUAGACACAGAGAACCUUGCCGUCCUUGAGAGGCUGAAACAGUCACAGCGGGAUGAGUACCUCCAGGGCUCCAUAUCAGGGUCUGUGCAGGCCACAGACAGACUGAUGAAGGAACUCAGAGAGAUUUACAGAUCAGAGAGCUAUAAGAAAGGUGUAUUUAAUGUUGAACUAGUCAAUGACAGUUUGUACGAAUGGCAUAUACGGUUGAAAAAGGUUGACCCAGACAGUCUGUUGUACCAGGACCUGACCACAUACAAGGAGAAAGAGAACAGAGACCAUAUGUUGCUCUCCGCAUCCUUUAAGGAGAAUUUUCCGUUUGAGCCCCCAUUUGUGCGUGUGAUAAUGCCAGUGUUAAAAGGAGGCUAUGUAUUAGGGGGAGGAGCUAUUUGUAUGGAACUGCUCACUAAACAGGGUUGGAGCAGUGCCUACAGCAUGGAGUCUGUCAUCUACCAGAUAGCAGCUACUCUCGUCAAGGGAAAGGCACGCAUACAGUUCGGGGCCUCAAAGAGUCAGUACAGUUUAGUUAAAGCUCAACAGUCCUUCAAAUCACUUGUACAGAUCCAUGAGAAAAAUGGUUGGUUCACACCCCCGAAGGAGGACGGAUAAUGGCGUGGGGGCUGUCCUGCGUUCUCUUUGCUACACUGUUGACCUGUGGCCAGCUGCCCAGAGUUCUGUAUCAUCAUUGCCACACUUUUGCAUGCCACACACCUGGGAAUGUGUGCUGCCCUGCCAAGCUGACAUAUUCCAGUUCUGGCUCUUCUCUUUGACUGUCAACCUUUAGUUUUGUUGGUUUUUGUUAUGGCUACAUUUUAUUGAUUUUUUUUCAGGCAUUGUUUGGGUUUUUUUUAGCUUCAGUAAGAAUCAUGUUGGAGCUGUACUUUGUUUUAAAAUGUUUGAUGUAAACUGAAUAGCUUAUAUAAGCAAAGUAUUUAUUAUGGUUUCCUUAUGAACAUACAUGAAGUAAUGUAAAAAAUGAGAAUGCAAAAUGAUAUUGAUGUAUUCAACUGAUUCAGUGUAUUUGGACAUUUUGGUAUGGCAAUGCAUGAAAUUAUCACUUCAACAGAGCCUGCAAUUAUAACAUAUUACCACAAAGAUCAUCAUUGUUUAGAUGAUAUUAAGUAUCCUACAAUGAGUUCAUAGAGCGUUCUAUAGGUUCUCAUAGUUUCAAUGUUUUCUGAGAAAUAUGUUAAAGAGAUCAGUGUUUUUAUUAUCAAAAGUUUUCAAUAAACAUAGGUUGAAAAAAGAACAUCUACAGGAACAAAACUGAAGCAGUUUGAUUAGUGUGCAGCUUCCAUUAUUUCUGCCAUGGAGCUAACUGUAGUUCUAUAUAAGACACAACUAUUCAUUUUAGUUAAUCUGUUCUUUGAAGAAAGCCUUGGUGUCGUUGGGGGCAUUGUGCAAAAACUUGAACCGAUAAAGCUGUAACUCAAAGUGUUCAAGUUAUUUGAAUGAAACUUGGGAGACCGGUUGCCAGACACAAUAAACAAUAAUGUACAAUAAUGUUUUGUCCCUUGAGAGUUUGUAAAAGUUGUAAGUUUCAACUUGGCCUAACUUUAAAACCUUUCAAGACUUCCACAUAAUUAAGUUCUGUACACAUGUUGCUGGAUACAAAGAGCACACGUGAAGCAAGGCCCUUGACUCUGGAUUUAAUAAUUGUUAAGUUUCCUUUAUAGUUUGAAAUAUCAUAUAAUAUUUUUUCACAUGGCUAUUACUUCAUAACCAUCAGGUACUUUUUACACAUGUUAUCGUGACAAAAGGCCCAUAACCAUGCCUGUAUUAACUGUCCAGUUAUUCCCCUUGAACGUUGGAAAUAGUCCUGCUAAUCUUAAGCUUGGCCAUAAUUUAAUAACCUUUCAAGAUAUUCACAUGGAACUUUGCAUGUGUAGAAAGGCCCAUGUUGGUGUUUGCUCUCCAGCACACUUCUCCGGGGCUUUGAAUUGCUUGAAUAACUACAAAAAGCAACUUUUUCCCUUCCAUUUAGACUUUUAUAACAAUCAUUUAUGUUAGAGAACUAAAGCCUGAGACUAUCGCAUCAGGCACGGCACAAAGUCUUCAAACAAACAAGAUUUAUAUUGGGAUUGAAUGUUUUAGUAUUGCAGUUCAUUGGCAAUGUUUUCAUAUGCCGAUGAACCACUAUCCUAAAACACUCAAUGUUUAUGUUUACACUCAUUAUUUGUGAUACUUAUUCAUGUUUGAUCAAUGACGUCCCUUGUUUCCUUGAUGGCAUAUUCAUUGUACAGCAGUAUUGUGUCAUUUGACCGAUCAUAAGCAUUAUGUAAGAUCAGAGAUAUUUAGAUGUUGAAAGCUUGUUGAUGGAAUGAGGUAGUGUAUGGGAAUAGUUUAUUGUAUACAACUUAUAUCCUUUAUUGCCAUAUUUGUUUAAAUAACAUUAUAGUUUUCAAAGCUGUUUAAGGUUACAUAUAGAUAGUUGAAUUUUAUUUUCAAGUUAAUUUCGCUUUUUCAAAGAUGCUUAUAAUACUUAGAGCUGCACUCUCACAGAUAGCAAUUUUUUGCGUAAAUAUCUGCAAACCAAUGAUAAAAGAUUGCUGACAAAAGAUCAUAUCGCAUUUUUUCAUAUUUCCGUUCUAAAAUUAAUGUUUUAUGGCUUAAACCGUUACUAACAGGUUAAGAAAAAUGCAUAAAACAUCAAUUUUUGAACUUAAAUAUAAAAAUCUGCGAUCUUAUUUUUUGUCAGCAGGCUUAUAUGACUGGUUUCGAUGGAUUUUCUUCACAAAAAAUGGCUUGGUCCAAGACAAAAAAUAAAAAAUGUUGUCAAAAUGUUAUAUCUGUGAGAGUGCUGCUUUAAAAGCUGCACUCUCACAGAUUGAUUGUUUUGACAACUUUUUUAUUUCUUUGUCUUGGAAUUGACCAAUUUUUGCAUAAAUCUGCACAUUGAUUGUUCUUCAUGGCAUCAUGGUGAAUGCCUGUCUAUAUUUUUCUUGGUUAUUUCUGUAAGUCUGGAAACCAGUGAUAUAAGACAGCUGACAAAAGAGCAGAUCGCAGUUUUCAAAUUAAUGUUUGAAAAUGGAUGUUUUAUGGCUUAAAGCGUUACUAAAGCUUACUAAUUGUUUGUUAUCUCAUCUUACUGCAUUGAAGGCACUGAUGCCAAAAUGAACUGAUUCCUACUGUAGUCAAUAAAAUAUAAAAACUGUCACAAAAUAUAAAAACUGUCAAUUUGUGAAAGUGUAGAAUUCAUUUAAGAGGUGUUUUUGUUUUUUUUCUGUUUUUGUGUUUGACUUGCACAAGAUGAUCUUAUUUUGAUUAGCGUUCUCCCCUAUAUUACAACAUAGAAUUAUGCAUAGUUCUUGUUUAAGACAUUUUAGAGCUAUUAACAAUCAUAUACACUAAGUUAUGCGUAUGAUACUUGUUAUUGCAUGCAGAUGUCAGGGCUAUAAAGUGGCCAUGCAUAGGGUGCUUUUAAGCUGUACUGGCUGUUGUGUCUGUCCGUUUGUUAACAACUGAUUGUGAAUGGGAUACAGUCUUCAGUGUUUAUUGUAUCUUAACAGAACUUAUACACUAGUAAGAUAUCCAUGAGAUCUCAGUUCCUGUCUAACACCAGCGAGCUCCGCCCAUGCAUGACUGUAAUAUGGCCCUUGGAAUGCUGCAGUAUUUUCUAAUAGAGACAACUUUGUACAGAGAGUUCUGUAUUAUUGCAGAAGUUUUUUCCCUUUGCUGGAAAGCAAAAGUAUAUUCUAAGGUCGACCACCAUGAGCAGGGAGUUGUGUAUAUUUUAGUAUUACCUAGCCAUUGUGAAACUUACGGCCCACUGAUGGCUUAACUUUGAAUGUGAGUUUGGUAUAUAACCAAAAAGUUCAUGCCAGUAGUGUAUAGGCCCUAGUGGACCUCUUACAGUAUGUACUUUUUGCACAAAUGUUAACCAUGAGCAGCAAGUGUGUCAUACAAAACCCAAGGCAGUUUUUUAAAAGUCAAGGUGAAAGUUAAGGAUCAUUUGUCAAAGUUUUGUAUUUUGGUUUGUCUGGCUUUUACUUGGCAUAUAGAAAACAAGCUGGAAUUAAGUUCAUGAUUAGCUUGUCUGAAAACAAAGGCAAUAAAACAUGAAUGAGUUAUAUAUUAUAAAACAGACUUUAAUAUUUCAGUGAUCUUCUCUUUCACAUAACUUUUCCAUAAUUUCUAUUCAGUGGCGGGCUUGACAUCGUUGGCAUUUCGCAUACAAAGCUCAAGCAUACAUAUAUAGCACAUAUAGAGUGACCCUUGUCCAUCUGUAAGUCCAUCCAUCACUUGUUCAAUUUGCCUAAACCUUCUGAAUGCGCAUUUAAAAAAAACAGUUUUGUCACAUUGUGGUGUGCCUAGUUUCAUGCUUUUCAGUGCUUAAUUGCAAAAUUACUGUGGCUUGAAACAGCUAAACUAUUAAAAAGUCUCUUUUUUUUAAAUGUUUGCUUGUAUCACAGUGAAAAAUGAAAGAAAACUUGUGCAAUGCUAGGAAUAAAAAAUCAGUGAUGUAAUUUCUGCUUUGAUAUUUAUAUUAUAUAUUUGAUAAAAUACAAGCAUAAAAUGAACAGAAAAAAUAAUUUUGCUUUUUAAGUGUAGUAUUUUGCAGUAUAUAUAUUUUUUAUUUAACCAUGUAAACAUCAAAAGUAAAGAUUUCACAAAACCCACUAGUGGUGCUUUUGAUGCUCAAGUCUGUGAAAUAUUUUGGUAUCUUACACUUUAACAAGUAUCCUUUAUGGCACUUGAUUGAUCAGCAGUUUAGGUUUGUUGAUGUUUCUGCUUUUAUUUGAUAAAGUUUGCCUGAAUGUUUUUGACAUUGAUGAUAGAGCUUAAGCUAUUGAAAAACACUCUGAGUUCUAAUUUAUCAUAGUUAGUAAAGAACAGAGUUCUAAUAGCUAGUAAUGAGCAGAAGAGUGUAUAAAAGAGGAAAUACCUGCACCAUUUGUAUGACCCUUGUCAUAAGUGUUGAUGUACAUGUUAUUGUUGCUCUCCAUUGACUUGUUUUAUACAGAAUGCAUGGUAUAAACUGGGAGAUAUACUCCUGAUGUAAAAUGCACCAGCUAUGCUGGGAUUGGGAGAGUUGAAAUAUUGUUGAAGCCAUUCCCUCCCGAAGCUAUGUUUUGUGUGAGUGUUAAUAUGUAAUGCAAGUGACCUAGUUACUACAGCAAGGAAGGAGAGGGACUUAUGCCUGUUCAAGCUCCAUGCAUAACUGCCUGUACACUUAUAUCACUAAACUGCCAUGUAUGCUCGUCCAGUCCAUGAUGUACAUCCAUAAUCUACCUAAGCAUCCAACUUUUUAGCUUUUUUAGUGUCAUUGUAGGUGGUGGCAUUUGGCCCUUAACUUGCUAUGCAACCUUUCCAGAUAUUUAAAGGAAACUUUGUACACGUGUUGCCAGAGAUGGUAUCGUUUACAUUAUGUUCAAGUUAUGCCUCUUAGUUGACUUAACACAAAAGGGUUGGUGUUUGCUCUGCCUGGCUAGCUCCUUCACAUUCUUGUCAUCAUAUGUAACCAUAAGUUGAAGUUCUUGUACAUUUAUACCAAUGUAGCCAAGAUGUAGAUGAAGAAUGAAUGAAGAAUCAAACAUCCAUCUGCUAUUGUUAGCCAUGUGAUGUUGUCGUGUGUCUAGUAUGUACAUGUUUCAAAAAGGAUAUGUAACACUGGUUUAUGAUUGAAAAAACAUGCCCACAAUCAGAAACCCUUACAGCUAAUUGUAUUUCUGCACAUUGAUUGUUCUUCAUGGCAUCAUGGUGAAUGCCUGUCUAUAUAUUUCUUGGUUAUUUCUGUAGGACUGGUUAUUUUGUUUGUUUACUUUUCUUAUCUCUAGCUAUGUGUAUUAUGGUAUAAUAUGAAAAUUAAUUAUUCAUUAAAAUGUCAAAAUUC